CUAGGGGCAGGCGGGGAAGCAAGGCCGCUGUGCGCAGUUCCCCACGAGAUUAACUUAGCUAUAGCGUUGUUUUCGUGACGGAAAGGCGCAGCAUGUGAACACACCUUAAUCCUUCGUUAUUCCGCUAAUCUGCAUCAGAUCUGCGCGUUCAGCAAGUUUUCUGUGUCGAAAGCAGAUGUGGUGUCCUCAGAUGUCGUACUUUCUCUUAUUUUCACUGUACUCCGCAAACUUAGUGGCAGGUAAUAUGAAAGAAGCUGGCAUUCAUGAAAAUGAAGAUAAAACUCACGUAAUUCAAUUCCAUUCAAACCCGGAUGCAUACCUGGGAUGGCGGACAUAUGACGACGACUCGAUCUGGUUCACCCUGAACUGCAUGAAGCUGAGCGCCGAGAAAUACUGCGGCUUCGGUCUCACCAAACCGGGCCUUUCCGCCGGCAAGACGAAGAACAUGUUCAACUCGGACAUCUACACGGCCCACGGCGACACAGUCGACGACAGGUUCGGCGACUCCAUCACCAACAAGCCGCGGAAGGACAGCAAGACGAGCAUCGUCUGCGACCACUGCGGCCUGCACGACGACGGCGAGAUCCACGCCACCUUCUACCGCAACCUGACCACGGGCGACGAGCAGGACGUCGCUAUCACCAACCAGACGUACCGCAUCAUCUGGGCCAUCGGGCCGCUCAAGGACGGCGACAUCGACUAUCACACCCUGCGGCCGCAGAAGGACUACCAGUACCGAUACGCCAACUUCCUGGAGCCGGACCUGACCGUGGUGCCCGAGUUCAAAGACAACAUCAAAUCGGAGGCAGCGCGCACCGUGCAAACCGUGCUCGUGGCGGCCCUGGCCGGGGCUCUGCUCACGCUCGCGCUGCUCUAACGGCGGGUGCGCGAGCCUCGCCGCCCGGCGGGGAGGCUGCCGGCGGGAAGCGCG